UUCGUAUCAAGAUUCAACCGAUGCGACGUUAAAAGUGAAAAGUUCUAACUGUGGUAAAUUUAAAUUGAAAAAAUAUAUGAAUAUUUUAACUCUGAUAUGUGAUAAGAAUGCACAGAAGAAAGAACGGGUGUUCGACUUUUGAUUGAAUCUAUUGCACCUUUCACAAAUCUAACCAGUUCGCUCGAAGCCCUUGCCGAUAUAGCUGAAAGUGCCAACGAGGAUUUCUCGUGUUCUACGAAGCUUAAACAGCCAACGACUGCGCAAUCAUGAAAAUCGCCGUGAUCGGCGCCGGAGCCGCUGGACUCGCUGCUCUCCGACACUGCAUUUCCGGUACUUACGGCCAUCAGGUGGUGUGCUACGAAAAAACAGACCAAAUCGGCGGGACCUGGGUCUAUCGAGAGCAAACUGGUUUCGAUAGAUACGGUUUACCGAUUCACACUAGCAUGUACAAGAGCCUCAGAGCUAAUUUACCGAAGGAGGUAAUGGGCUAUCCAGAUUUUCUGAUACCGGAAGGACCCGUGAGCUAUCUGACGCGCACGCAGAUACUGGAUUUCUUGAAUAUAUAUUGUGAUCAUUUUAAACUACGUCCUUACAUUCGGCUGCUGCAUCAUGUAGAGCUGGUGGAGCCGGUCACGGGGGACCGGAAGUGGUCGGUCAAGGUCAGGGACUUGCAGAAUGACGCGAUCGUGAUCGAGUCGUUCGAUGCAGUCAUGGUGUGCAACGGUCAUUACUUUAAACCCAAGAUCCCGAAUAUACCUGGUCAGAAUGUCUUUACCGGCAAGCAGAUACACAGUCACGAUUACAGAGUUCCCGACUUCUUCAACGGCAAAAAAGUCGUUGUCAUGGGAGCUGGUCCUUCCGGUAUGGAUUUGUCGUUGGAGAUAUCCAAGAAUGCGAAUCGCGUGAUUUUGAGUCAUCACCUGACCGAGACCAUCGACACCGUGUUUCCCGAGAAUGUCGUGCAGAAAGGUGACGUAGUGGAAUUGACGGAACGCGAGGCGGUUUUUGCGGACGGGACGAAGGAGCAGGUUGAUGUCGUCUUCUAUUGUACAGGCUACAAGUACAGCUUCCCCUUUCUCGCCGAGUCCUGUGGAGUCCGAGUGGAUUCCAACAUGGUCACGCACCUUUGGAAGCAUCUGGUGUCCAUAGAGAACUCUACUUUGGCAUUGAUUGGCCUUCCAUUCUACGUUUGCGCCUUCAGUAUGUUCGAUUUGCAGGUGCGAUUCGUCCUACGAUACUGGCACGGCGAGAAGCAGUUUCCCGCCCGAGCGGAUAUGCUACGCUCCGAGGCGGAGGAAGCAGCUAGACGCGCCGAGAGAGGUCUGCAGAAGAAACACUUUCACAUGAUGGGUCCUGAACAAGAGCACUAUUACAGUGACCUGGCGAAUGUCGCAGGCAUCACGCCGCUGCUGCCCGUGCUGACGAAGCUCCACAACGAGAGCAGUAUGCGCUUCUUGAAAGACCUCGUGCAUUUUCGGGAGGAUCGCUACAAGAUCAUCGAUGAUUACAAUUUCGUUGAACUUUCACGUUGAAGCGGCAGAUACGAUUAUUUAAAAGAUCAAAUAUCUUUCAACUAUGUAUUUUAUUCAAUUUAGUUCGAAUAGUUUUGCAUUCGAAAUUGUAAGAAAAAUAUUCACACACCUAUCGUUGCUUGUUAAUUAAUUCUUGCUCUUCGUCGUGUGUGAAAUAAAUAUGAACUUUCCUGUCAUUCAAGCGUGAAUAAUUAUCUUCUUAUAUCGAUUAAGGUUAUUUUUCGUGUAGAUAUAAUUGUCUGAAAGUCUAGCUAUCAUUUAUUCGUUAUGAUUAGCUGAGACUUCUAAUUUUCUAAAAUUACUCGUUCUAGCGAAAAGAUAUAUAUAGCGGUGUUCGUAGUCGAUUCUUCUAUUUAAGAUUGAACUUAAAUACAGUUUUAAAAUGUCACGAACCAA